CUUCGUGUGAAAAAUUGACGGUCCCACCGGUGGCGUUUGCAGUCCUCGCUUGAGACUGCAAACUUGUCACGUGACGAUGACUCAGCCACAGUGCUCGCUUCCUUCCUUGGCUCGAUUGCCAAUCGCGCUCCACCUGGACCUGGACCACCGACAAUCAGCACAAUCGGCAUCCAAGACCCGUUGGCCAGACGAUGGGUCUCGCUGGUGGCGUAUAUCAGUGAGGUAUGCAGCGCGCUAUGUCGAGGCCACGGAUCUCCUGGUUCCUAUUCAUAGGUUCCUAAAUGUGCUGCCAGGUUCAGGUGCGCUGGAGAAGCUCAUGAGUGCUCCAUUGAUGGUACCAACAUGCUCCGUUCAUAGUUACAGGUGUGCUGGAGAAGCUCAUGAGCGCUCCGUUCAUGAUUAUAGGUACCAACAUGCUCUGUUAAUGGUUACAGGUGCGCUGGAGAAGCUCAUGAGCGCUCCGUUCAUGAUUAUAGGUGCGCUGGAGAAGCUCUUGAGCGCUCUGUUCAUGGGUUGGAGACAAGACAAUUAG